CAACAACUCCAGUGAGUUUACUCCAUUCGGAGGUUGGCACUUUUAUUGCGAAUUGUGUGCGGCAUUGUGUUUGUCAUCUUAAAACUUGGACGUUUAUAUUUCAUUUGUCAAACGGACUUUGAAUUGGAUGAAGAAGGGCGGACGGUAGGCGGGUGGUACUUGUUGAAGGCGCUGUCAGCUGCCGGUGAGCCGCGCGCCCUUAACUCCACAGUGAAUGACACACGUUCCUCAGGAUUUAUACAACAAUGUUUGGUUUAAAGCCUUUUCCAGAUACACUUUAACAUCUGGAACUGAAUACUGCUGAUUUAUAUGAAGACAGCAACUCUUUGGUCUGAGCAAAAGCACCCAAAGAAGCGAGCACAGGAGCAGAAAUGAGCUGGGCUGAGGAGGACUGGACUGUGGGUUUGUCUGGGCGGGUCCUGCAGAAGGUGAAAGAGCUGCAGGUCCAUAAGGAGCGGCUGUUCAGAGAGAACAAGCAGAAACAGCUGCAGCUGGACAACAUUAACACCAGCCUUGAAAAACAAACUGUGAAGUAUGAAGAGGUCCGCGGGGAGUGCCAGUCCUUACAGAGAGAGCUCCAGAGCGUCCGGGAGGAGGCUGACAGCGCUGCGGCCAGCAGGGACCGGCUGACCCAAGAGCUGCACACCAAGCAGGCCCAAGUGUGCUCCUUGGAAGGCCAGCUGGACGCUGCUCGAACACUGAACAACAAACUCACCCAGGAAGUCAAAAGACUGGAGGCUGAACUGGAGAACCUGCGGAUCAGCAGCCGGCCGACAGACACUACCUUGUUUUCCACACCCAGCUGGAAUCCUACUUCACCUUGGGAUCACAACGGGAGCAGACAGGAAGACAGGUCAGGCCAGCGGGAUGAAAGAUGGAGCCGCGGGCAACAAAUCCGGCAGCAGCUCCAGUUUUCAGACACGCCCACAUCUUCUCCACAACCACCACACAGGAGCACCCCCCAGCGCCACCCUCCUUCAGCCGUAUUCUCAUGGGAACAGGAGGAUUCCAGACCAACGUCCAGGAGACGGCAGCACCCCUCUCCCCAAACCCCGGACCCGGCUGUUGUAAAUCGAAGCGUGGUGGAGCAGGAGCCGAGCGGGAAGGAUCACAAGGCGGAGAGUGAUGCAUCUUUUAUGGAAAUCCAGAGUCGUGUUAAAGCUCUGGAAGCCGAGCUCUCGGCCAAGGUUGGGACAUUGAGGUCCGUUGAAAACCAAAUGGAGCAGACCAAGAAGGAGCUGUCGGCGAAGGAGCUGAGCCUGCAGAGAGCGCGUGACGAGCUCAGUUUGGCACACGCCCGCAUGGCCCAGGAGAGUGAACGGGCAUCAGCAAAUGAGCUGAAACUGAAGCAAGUGCAGGAAGAGCUCAAGUGCCAGCGGCAGAACACAGAGAGCAGCCGACUGCACCACCAGCAACGCACCAAAGAGCUGGAGAAGCAACACCAAAGGGACUUGUCUGAGCUUCAGAAAGAGAGGCAGUGUCUGGAGAAGCAGCACCAGCAGGAGGCCAGUAAGCUGAAUCAGGAGCUCCAGCAGGCGGUGAAGCUCCACAAUGCCCUGCAGGCCCAGCUCGAUAAGCUGUCUCUACAGAAGCAGGCAAUGGACAAAGACCUGGAGGCUUUGAAAGAGAAGCAAAAAUGGACAGAAGAGCAGCUGAAGGACAGCCAGAAGAAGGAAACACAAACACAAGCCAAACUGAUGGAAGCCGUGCGAGAGGCCGAGGGUGUGGCAGUCAGUCUGGAGCAGAGCAGGAAGAGGGAGCGAACUCUGGAAGAGGAGGGGAGGAGGCUUAAGGAGGAGCAAGCUGACACCCAGCGUCUCCUUAAGGAACUGCAGGAUCAAAGAUCUGCUCCAGCAUCUUCAUCCCAACCUGUCCACGUUUUCCAUGGGGGUCAGAGUUUUCCUGCUCAUUCUUCCUCCACUCAUCUUCCUCGAGCAUUCACCCACAGAGAGAAACGUUCUGCUACCCAAGCUGAGCAGAAGCAAGGGGACGAUGGCGUUCCUGAGAGACGGGGAGAAACCUUUGCAUCGUAUCCUCCUGACAGGGAGCCAGGAGAAGGGAUUGAUGCAGAGCACAUUGCUGACAUGAGAAACUCUGAGGGCUCACAAAGUCUGGGAGUGACAGUUGAAGAUAACAAGGAGGUAAACAGGAGUGAAGAUGUAGCAGAGCGUCAGUCUGGGACAGAGAAGAGCUUCCUCUCUGCUUCUGGUAUGGGCGAUGAUGGAGUGAUGGAUUCUGAAUCUUUAACUCAGACUCUGACGCUUUCUGAAACGGCAUCUUCUCCCAAGCUGGAGCAGGCGGUUUUAUCGGAGGAUCUUAAGCGGGAGAAUGCACUGCUGCGCUCAGAGCUUGAUGAUGCUCGUGAGGAGCUGCAGCGACGACUAGAAGACCUAGAGACGCAACGCCGAGCCGAGUCAGAGGCCAGGACUCGCCUCAAGCAGAUGAGCCGCAAACAUGCCAGUCAGGCUGCAGAGAGGGGGGAAAAAGAGAAGGAGUGGAGGACACAACUGGAGAAGGAAAAGGCUGAGACAGAAAGGCUGAGGAAAGAGAUGACUGCUCUGGAGGCAGAGAUCAGCAGGAUCAAGAAAGAAAGAGACGAGUCAGAGAAAGAGGAGGACACAACAAAGAAUGACCGGGAGAGUGAAAUGAUAGAACUGAACAUCCAGCUGAAGACUCAGCUUGCAGAGGUGAAAGCCCAGCUUGCUUUAGAGCGAGAAGAGCGAAAGAAUGAGGAAAAUGAGAAGAAUCUGCUCAGCUGUGAUCUAAACAAGGAUCUGAGCAUGGAGCUGGCCGAGCUCAAGGCUGAGCUAGAAGUACUGAAGCACGGAAGAAAAACCUCUCCAGAAGAGGAGAAAGUUCCAGUUGCCAACAGCCCUCUGACAUAUCUGACUCUCCAUGAUGAUGAAUCCAACUCCAACUUGAUUAGCCACGAUGAAAAACUCCUCUUUUCACCAGAGCAGCACCGCCUUUUCUGCAGAUCUGCCAACCAGCUCAACAUGCUCCUGUCCACAGCUACAGCAGACUUCCCCCAGCAGGACCAAACCCUGAUAGAUGCUCACAAUCCACCUCUGGGAGAGGAGGAUCGAAGCAGUCAAGUGGACUCUGACUUGGAAAACGUCAACUUGAAUUAUGAGAAAGGACUUUCCUCCUCAGACCUUCAGGGGAGUGAGCUCCUCCCUUCUGAUCACUCAAGGGAGGUGAAGCGCCUGCAGAGCGAGUAUGCAAAGGAGAAUCGUCGAGCUAACCAGUAUCAAGUUAAACUAGAGGCUCUGCAGAAACAGGUGACACGGCAGACCCAGCAGCUCACUACGGCCUUUGAGAGGCAGAGUCAGCACAUCUCUGGCCUUCUGGCAGAACUACAAGAGAAAGAAAAUGCAUAUGUCAUCCAAGAAAAAGAGCUGCAGCACUGCAAGGAGGAACUGGCUGCACUGGGGGAUGGAAAGAGCAAGAAACUAGAGAUGACGACCCAAGGGAGAAAUCAAGAGGAAGAAGGGGAUGAGCAGUUUACAGAAACGUCAGAUCUGAGAGAAGAGGAAGAGGAGGAAGGUGAUGAGACUGUUAGUUCCCCGACGCGUCCCAGUUUGAACUCUGCAAAUGAACCAAAGAUUCAAACAGGUGAAGCUGAAGCGCCGACACCUUCCAGCAGCAAAGUCGGAGAUGAAAUAGUGCCUCCUGAAGAACAGAAUCCAUGCUCCGUAAACUUGGAUACGUCUCACAGCUCUGCAUGUGAGCUGACUAAGUCCAGUCGGGAUAAACAUGCGGCUUCAGAGCUGCUUACUGUCAGACAGAUGAAUCAGCUGCUGAAGCUAAACACGGGAGCCUCAGAUCAAAGGGACCAAACGAAUGAGGAGCCCAAAGAAGACGCUAACGGCCACAACCUAAGAGCUGAGCAGGAAGCACAGAAUGUUCUCAUUUCUGAGCAGCACCUGUUGCAUGAAGAAGCAGAGAUGAGGGAGGAUGGUGGGGAAAGGGAAGACUGUGCAGAAACAGGAGGAGAUGAAAGUCUAAAGGAGGUGUCUGAGUACCAGAUGGAAGUCCUGCAGCAACAGGUGGAGGCGCUGCAGAGAAAGGUGAGAGCUCUCUCUGAGGAGACCCAGCAGCAGGCCCAGGAGCUUGCUUUGUGGAGACUAGCCUCCCAGCCUGCCUCAGCACUUGAUCAGUUAGUUAUCAACACGGAGGAUGAGGGUGGGAUGGCGGACGAGCGGACUCGCAUCCAAACGCAGACCAUCACACCCGAAUGGCACAGUGAGGAGAGACGAGAUCAGGUCACAGUCAUUCGAGAAGAUGAGUUGUCCCUCUGCUGCUCCUCCAGCAAACUUCGGGGCUGCAUUUUGUUCUCCAGGCUGCAGAGCAUUCCGGAACCGAAGGCCCUCCACUCCUGUGAAACAACACAGAGACCUCAGGAAAUCAGACUUGUUGAAGAGAAAGAAAACCUGGAGCUGAACCUGCCAGAUGCCUCCCCAGCACAGCACACGGCAAAGAAAAAUACUGAGCUCCUCCAGAUGUCAUCACAGAAGCUGGCUGAACAACAUAUAACCGGAGAUCAGCGUGACCAUUCAGGACCAAACCCAUCCCAAGUGAUGCACUGUUACUCUGGAAAACCUGAUGUCAGCUCAAACUCUCCCAGAGCGGCAGCUGAUGUGAACAACACUAGCAACUCUGCAGACAAAGAGGUCAAGACAGCAGUGAGAAGUGUCAGCAGUCAAACGGAGGAGGCUUUGUGCCGCCAGGCUGCACCUGCGGUGUGUGCAAGCACCCAGACUGAGGAGGACUCUGUGGGACCACCGGCCUCCUCUGUCCCCGUACCUGAGACAGAGGACACAAGGCUGUUCUCAGGUUCUUUCCCCAUCCCAGCAGACCCAGCCCGCCUCGCUGAAAGAAUCCGCCGGAACAGGACACAGUUGUCGGCUGCUUUUGACGACACGGAGUAUGAACCAUACGGGCUGCCCGAAGUCGUCAUGAAAGGUUUUGCUGACAUCCCCAGUGGUCCGUCAUGUCCCUAUAUCGUGAGGAGAGGCCUGUUGGGAACAUCUGUAGUCCCGAUGCCCCAAAAAGAUUCACAGGAGGAGGAGGAAACUGAUUAAAGAGUCACAUGAAACUUUGAUUUUGCGGAAGGAGCUACUGAUUGAGGAUGGACUCACCACUGCUGCAGGGACGAGACUUGAAGCCUUCAGACUUCAGAAACUCUAGUGAUCCAGAAACGAAUGGUUCCCUUGCAGAACCUACACCCCUGCUAUGGAUCUUGAAGUUUUGAAUUGUCUCUGAGAUUUAAGCUUCAACUCCACCUAAACUUUUAGGCGUUAGGGGGGUGCUUUUAGAUUUAAAAAACUAAUUUUAUAAAGGAAGCUUCCCCCUAACAUUGAGGUCUGGCUUUGAAUCACUUGUUUGUCUCAGCAAAUGUCAAGAUAAUCAUUUUCCAAAGGGAUCCUGAAGUGGCCAGUUGUAAAAAAAAAUAAAAAAUAAAUUAUAGUUUGUAAUUUUUUUUACUUUUUCAUGUGGAUAUUUAUGGACAAUUGAAUGUUUUUAAUGAGUUUGCAGAGGUUUACAAAAUAACGUGUGAAACAUUAACUGACAGCAUGACUGCGUGUCCUUAUCUCGGUCCUGCUGUGGCUCUGCGUGGGAGAGCGGGUCCAGCCAGCACGCGUCGAUGACUCAGUCUAACCUGCGCUGGUUUCCGCUCCAUGUAUGGAGAUGCUCACCAUUCUCCCUCUCUCCUGCUUUAUUUCUCUGUCAGACACCAAACAACAGUUAGUUUUACAGCGACUUAACCAAAAGCUGCCUGUGUGAAGGUUUAUUUUGGUAGAAAACACAUUAACAGAGGAGUUAUAUUCCUGCAGGGUUGGACUCCAUUUAUCUGAUGAAUUGGAGGUAUACAGAGUCAUAGAUUAGGAGUUUAGAGAUUCUCAUUCUUUGUGUCCUUCUUGGUCAUCAUAGUUCAAAGAGUUUAAGGGAUAUAUUUCACAUUCACACUGAUGCACACAGACAUUAAAAAGAGUUACUGACUUUUUAAUCAUCUAACAAAUUAUUAGAAAGUGGAAUAAAAGCACGGUUGCCUGCCAAACUACAAGUAAGACUACUAAAAAGAUCAAAUGUUCUCAUUUGUAUUUGCCUUUUUGUGGGUAACUGAAAACAAAUGUUACAAUGGAUAAAUAGGGAACAGCCAUGUCCAUGUUUUUGGACCUGGAAGGUCAAACCUAUGUUGUCAUGCUUUUUUUUUUCAUCUGUGUUUUAAAAAGUAAGUGGAGAGAAUCUAGUGCAUCAAGUCUGUUGAAAAAGCAAACUGCAGGUAUCUGCCUCUUUUAUUUUUGUGCACAGCUUUGGUACAAAAAAGCUAAGGUAUCAUCUUUAGUGCAGCUCAGUGUGGCUUGCCUGUUUUUUUGUGUGCACAUAAUAUUUAGAUGUGAGUUGUUUUGUCAUGGCUUGUUGAGUCUGUUAAAGCACAUUUAUCGAACACCCUCUCGACCUCAUCUGUGUUUUGUGACCUGCUGUCUCCUGGGACCGUCUGACUGUUAGCAAGGAAGCUCACUGUGAAUUUGUCGCCUUGUUUUUGACGUGUUUGUUUACAAUAAAAGCUGUUUACCAUUG